CCAAAAUGCUGUGGUUUGUCGUAGUUUUGCUACUCGUUAUCGUGACAACACUUGCAUUUCACAAAAUUUGGUUCACCCACUGGACUCGCCGAGGAAUCGCACAGUUCACGCCAAAAUUUCUCUUCGGAGACAUUGGCGAUGUUUUCUUGAAACCAGCAGACAUCGGUACAGUGAUUGCUAAACUGUACGAAAAAUCCAAACAUUUGCCGAUAUGUGGGAUUUAUUUUUCGUUCAGACGAUUUUUGAUGAUCAAUGAUCCGGAUCUGGUGAAGAAUGUGUUGGUGCAAAAUUUCAGCCAUUUCCAUGACAGAGGAAUGAAAGCGGACUUAUCGGUGGACCCUUUAGGUGGAAAUUUAUUUGCACUUUCUGGCGAAAAAUGGAAACAUCUGCGCACGAAAUUAGGACCAGCAUUUUCACCAGGAAAGCUGAAAGGCAUGUUCCCCAACUUGCUGAGGAUCGGUGAAGUGAUGUUAGAUUAUGUCGACAGGCAUGAAAGUGAGGCUAUAGAUGUUAAAGAAUUAUCAGCUCGCUACACGACAGAUAUCAUAGCAUCCGUGGGCUUUGGCGUGGAUAUCGAUUCUAUCAACAACCAGGACGACAUUUUCCGUAAGAUGGGAUCAAAGUUUUUCAAACCAACAUUGAAGAACAUCUUUCGUGCUGGAUGUUUCUUUUUUCUUCCGAAGCUACUGCUAGCUCUUCGCUUGAAACAUGUGGAUCAAGAUGUUGAAGAUUUUAUUAUCAAUCUUGUACUAAAAACGGUAGAAUAUCGCGAAGCGAAUGAAAUCGUUCGUAAAGAUGUGAUGCAAUUGUUGCUUCAGCUGCGUAACACAGGAGUGGUUGCUGAAGAUGAACGAUGGGAUUUGGAUGGGGUUUCGCAAACAAGCAAACAUAUAUCCUUGGCAGAAAUAUCAGCUCAAGCUUUCGUGUUCUUCAUUGGAGCAUAUGAAACGUCCUCUACUGUAAUGGCGUAUUGUCUCUAUGAAGCAGCUAGAAAUAAAGAAAUACAGAAGAAAAUACAGGAAGAGCUGGAUGAGAUUUUAAGCAAGAAUCAUGGAAAGUUUGACUACGAAAGCAUCGUUAAAAUGCAAUAUCUGGAAAAAUGCAUUAGAGAAACUAUGAGGAAGUAUCCCAGCUUACCGUUUUUCAAUCGAGAGUGUACAAAGGACUAUCCGAUUCCUGGAACAAAAACGAUUAUUGAAAAAGGAACAGUUGUGAUCAUUUCAACUUUGGGCUUACAGCGAGAUGAGCGAUUCUUUCCGGAUCCCAAUAAGUUCAUCCCUGAGAGAUUUGACCACUUUGUGAACGAAAGCUCGAAAGUACCCUACUAUCCGUUUGGCGAUGGGCCCAGAACCUGCAUAGGGAUGCGUUUAGGACAGUUGCAAGUGAAGCUGGGAUUGGCACUUCUAUUUAGCAGAUUCAGCUUAAACUUAGUGGAUGAAUCCCAGAGAAACGACGAGCCAAAGCUUUCUCCAAAAUCUAUACUGAUGGCUCCUAUCGGUGGGAUAACUUUGAAUUUGCAUCGAAGAUCUGCCAAUGAUAAGGUGCUAUUCUGA